AUGCGUGCAGCGAUCGCUGUAGCGUUCGAGCUGCUGCAUGUCGCCUCCUUUGCGCCAUCUCUGCGCGGCGCCGUCUACGGCAAGACGGCGGGCUUGUGUGCCUCGGAGCCAGCGCUGGAUCCGCCGUGCGGCAGCGACGCACCGGCACCGCCGUCGUCGGUCGCACCGACGCGUCACCCGGUGACGCCGCCACAGCAGCUGGAACCCACGCGCCGCUCGUUCGUUUGCUUGCCGCCGACACCAGUGCACGCGCCAAAUUCGCUGAAGUAG